AUGCCACCACUAUCCAAGGAAACCGCAAAGAUGUCCACUAACACCACUCAGCUCCAACCCAAACCCAUCCCCGCCCUCUACACAGUCUACAUCCUCCGCUCCCAGCCCCGGCACGCCUCCCUCUACAUCGGUUCCACGCCGCACCCACCCCGACGGCUCUCCCAACACAACGGGCUCGCCAAGGGGGGUGCCUACCGCACCUCCAAAAAGUCGCUCCGGCCGUGGGACAUGGUCUGUCUUGUCUCCGGUUUCCCCAGCAUGAUCGCCGCGCUGAAAUUCGAGUGGGCGCUGAACAAUCCGCACAAGUCGCUGCUGAUCCCUGCCGACAAGCGGUCUGAGGCAGUCAAAGGAUUGGGCAGGAGGAAGACGGGACACCUCAAAAGGCCGAGGAAGAGCUUGGUCGGGGUGAUGGAGGCGUUGAGGAUGUUACUUGGGGUGAAGAGUUUUGGGAGGUGGGGUUUGAGGGUGCAUUUCUUUGAAGAGGAGGUGUGGAGGGUCUGGGAGAGGAAAAACAGCGAUGGAGGAUUGAGGGCAGAGGUGGUUACGGAUUUUGGAGGUCUGGCAACGGCAUUACAAGGGGUGGGCGAAGAAGCCGAUGGAGACGAUGACGACAAUGACGACGCACAGGACGGGAAGAAGCACGGCAUAUAUGCUUUACCACUCGAUUACAUGCCAAUAAAGGAAUACGUCACCAAAGGUCAGGAGAUAUUUGAGUUUGAAAGACAGGGGGGCUGUGUCGUGUGUAAGGAAGCAAUGGAGGCGGGAAGGGGUUUAUAUGCCAUCUGCCCGAAUAUAGGCUGUGAAGCUGUGGGGCAUAUUGAUUGCUGGAGUCGGUGUCUCCUGAAGCAGGAAGCAAAGAGGGCUGGAACUGAUAAAGGGGACGAGAUACUGCCAGUCAAAGGCGAGUGUCCAAAGUGUCACGGCGAGGUCCUUUGGAGGGAUAUGAUGAAGGAAUUGACAUUGAGGAUCAGGGGACAGGCGGAGGUAGAUAAACUGCUGAAGAAGAAGAAGAGGGCACGGGCGGCGGCUAAGGUGAAGGCGAAGGGCAAAGACAAGGCCAUUGAGAAGGAAAGCAAUGCGAAGCGGAAAACAGAGGUGAAUACGACUCCUCAGCCGAUGAUCGUGGAGGAUAGUGAGGCCAGCGAAGACAGCGAGUUCCUCGAUAUUGCGCAUCUCUAG